GAGCCUGGGUCCUUUUAUACCCGAUCGGCGUUAGGGUUCUGCGGCACGACAUAGAACUCCGAACUCUGUUUCUUCUCGACUCAUCUCUUCUUCUUUUUCGGCGAAGAGGCUUAGGGUCUCCGAUCCCCCGCCCCUCCUCAAAACCCUAACCCUUCGAUCUCAGAGGUCAUUGUAGUUGGAGCCAUGGCGACGAGGGCUCUGUCGCAGAAGGAGCUCGACAUCCAGAUGAUGCUCGCGGCCGAGGUCCACCUCGGCACCAAGAACUGCGACUUCCAGAUGGAGCGUUACGUCUUUAAGAGAAGAUCCGAUGGUAUCUUCAUCAUCAACCUUGGUAGAACUUGGGAAAAGCUUCAGUUAGCAGCUAGAGUUAUUGUUGCCAUUGAGAACCCCCAAGACAUCAUUGUUCAGUCUGCUAGACCUUAUGGACAGAGAGCUGUUCUGAAAUUUGCGCAGUACACCGGUGCUCAUGCUAUUGCUGGAAGGCACACACCUGGAACCUUCACUAAUCAACUUCAAACAUCUUUUAGUGAGCCCCGCCUCCUCAUUCUCACUGAUCCUAGAACGGACCACCAGCCAAUUAAGGAAUCUGCUCUUGGAAACAUUCCUACUAUUGCUUUCUGUGACACUGAUUCACCAAUGCGAUAUGUUGACAUUGGAAUUCCGGCCAACAACAAGGGGAAGCUCAGUAUUGGUUGCCUUUACUGGUUGCUGGCUAGGAUGGUUCUGCAAAUGCGUGGUACUAUCAUUCCUGGGCACAAAUGGGAAGUAAUGGUAGACCUGUUUUUCUACAGGGAUCCUGAGGAAGCCAAGGAGCAGGAAGAGGAAGCUCCUGUUGCUCCUGAGUAUGGUGCUGUUGCUGAGUAUACAGGUAUGGUACCAAAUGAUCAAUGGCCUGCUCAACAAUGGGCACCUGAUAUGGGAGCUGUACCUCCUGUUGUUCCUGUGGUGCCCGGAGUUGAUUGGACUGCUACUCAAGGUGUUGUAGCUGGUGAUGGAUGGGAUGCUGCUGCUGCUCCUCCUCCGACCGUGGAUGUUCCUCCUGUUGCCCCGGCUGGUUGGGAUGGCCAGCCUCCCGCUGCUCCCUCGGGUUGGGAGAGCUAGGAUUCAAGUGGAAUACAUGUCCCUUCUCAAAAAAGAGAGGAAUAAGAUGUUGCAUUAGGAUUUUUAAUCCAAUUUUGAGUGACUGCCAUGAAUUUUGAUUGUCGGCUCAGAUCUAAGAGUUCAUGGACAUAGGCUGAAUUUUGCUUUUACGUAACUACUACCCAUUGAGAUUAAA